AAAAAAAAAAAUAACAGAAAAAAAAAAAAAUAAAAAAAAAAAUUCGCUCAGAAAAAAAAUUCCCUCUACUUUUUUUUUGUCCUGGAAUCUAAUUGAAUUCGUCAUGGGAAACGGUGCCAAAGCUCAGCAAAAGCGUGAACGCAACGCAAAGAAUCAAAAGUCAGAUGCUAAAUCUCAACUGAAAGUGAAUGCUGCUGCCAAGAACAUCAUUUGCAUGCAGUGCCGUCAGACUUUCCUCUGCACCAGUCGUGAGAAGGCUUUGACUGAGCACGCUGAGAAUAAGCACAACAAGACCAUGAAGGAAUGUUUCCCAGAUUUCUCGGCUUAAUUGUCGUUGUCGUCAAAAAAGCAUAGACAAGUUCUUACUUGUUGUUUCAUUAUAGAGGAGUCGCUAAGGAAAUAGAGCAUCAUUUGCAUACGAGUUGGAGUUUCAUAAUAUAUCAUCUACUUUUUUAACCAACCUUUUUUUUUCCCUUUGUA